AAAUCACAAUAUUGCAAAAUGGCGGGGGAUAACUCUUCGGAUUGUUAUUGUGGAGAUAUUCUCAAGCUACUUGAUUUGAGCACUCAUGAAAAGAUUGAAUUGCAAAAAGAACAUGUAUGGAUUCUGUACAACUACACACAAGCCUUUCUCCACAGGCAAUGCAAUUGUGUCUUCAAGGAAUAUAAGAACUUUGAGCAGCUGAAUAGCUUGGUUCAGCUCGUCCUCCGACUUGCAAUUAAUAUCAUCUCCUCGUGGCACCAAUCAAGGGAGAACGAUGAAGAAGAGCGGAGAAAAGGACAAGAAGACAAGACAGAGGAUCCAGAAAAGGAGGUCAGCGAGACUGACCCUGGAGCGUCCUGCAAAGAGGACAACACAGAACUGCCUAUUGCAGAGGACACUGUCAAAGACAAGUGUGAUGAUAGUGUGAAAGACAAAGAAAAGAGCAGUGAUGGAACAAUUGAAGAUGGAAAAACCGGUGAUGUGAAACAGAAGGAGGAGGAAAGGAAAGAUGGUAAUGAAGAGGGCAUGGAGGAAGAGAAGGGUGUUAACACCACUGAGGAUGGGGAUGAUGUUCCGAGGGAUGGUGAGAAGAAGGCGUCCAGGUGUAGAACACCGGAGGAGAGCAACCGUCGGGCGGAAGAUGAGGAUUGGACGCAGGAGGAGAAGGAGAGGUUAUUGCAUCUUGUUGCCAAAGUUUUUCACAUGACCUUCCCAUUGUAUUCAGCACAUAAACAGUACUACCAUGGUGUCACAGAUGAGCUGUCACCACAAGAAUCAGAAGCACUGGGAAACUACUGUGACACAAAUGAUUUAGAUGUCAGUCUCCACCUAUUGCGGAAUGUAUGUUUCUUCUGUGACAGCAAUGGAUUGGUGAAGAUGAGGCAGUGUUUCCAACAAUCUACUCCUGAGACACUGCCAUUCUCCUCAGCGCAUGCAAUGUUCACUGUCGUUACUAAUCUGAGGAUGUGGUUGCACUUACAUGCCAUCAUGCAAUUUGUUGUCCCCCUGAGAACUCACAUAAUAAGAUAUCUGUGUAAGCUGCCCGACAAGGAGCUUCGAGGAAAUGGAGCUCGGCACAUGGCUGAUAUGAUGUGGAGCGCCAUCAAGGAGCCAGUAGAGAGCCCUCUAUGUUUCGAUCAGGACAGUCUGGAGCUUGCUUUCAAGUUUUUCACAUCGGCUACCCUCACCAUGAGGCUAACUGGCUUAGGUCAAAUCACUAAUCAAAUCCAUAUGUUCAACGAGGUUUAUCACAAUGAAUCAGUCACGGAUGUAGAAAAUAUGGGCUCUGAACUGACAAAAUGGCUGCUAGAGAGGGAAAUCGUUGAGCAUAUUUUUGGUCCCAAUAUGCAUGUGGAGAUUAUCAAGCAGUGUCAGGUGAUCUUGAAUUUCCUCGCUAGUGAUGGCGCCCUCACCCUGAAGCACCUGGACACCGUGUGGGCGGCGGCCCAGCUGAAACAUUCUGGUCGCUAUGUCCAUGAUCUCUUCCCCCAUCUCAUCAAACAUCUUGAAUCGCGUCCCCUUCUUCAUCUCAUGCAGCUGGUCUCUAAACUCCAUCCAUCUGAACACACUGAACAGACACUCUACCUAUCCCAAGUGAUCACCAAGUGUGUUUGGGACAAUGCCCUGUCAACGAGAGCCAUGGCAGCGACCACAUCCCAUCCUAGGAGAUUGCUGCCUUCUGUCCAGGUCUCGCCCACCACCCAAGACUUCCCGCUACUCAAGAGCAGUCUCGAGAAAGGCAGAUUACCUCUAUCAAUGGGUGGUAACCGGAACAACAGUAGAACUUUAGAAUUCCAAGGUAUUAGACCAGAUGAAGAGGAGAGCCCUUGCCAUAGAUGUUUACAUUGUGAUCAACAUACUGAUGAGGAGGAGCAUCUGGAUGUGGUAGGUCUUGACCCUUCUCAUCUGGAGGAUCAUUCUUCAGACGUUAUGUGCCAUCACGACCUUGAUGACCACCGGUCAGUACAUUCCCACAGCUCGAAGACAAGCCAUGCCGAUUCAUGGCGGUCAGAGGGUGAGAUGGCCAUCUGCCACGCCCAUCACAAAACAUCCCGCCAUCCUUCGUCCCUCUGCGCCUCUGAUCAGGACGACUCGGACAGCAUUGAUUCGGAGAACGAGGCGAUGGCUACGAGUCCUGAUCAGACGGACAGCGGAAGCGACGGUUCGGAAGGUAGCUACGAGGACAAAGGCGUGCCGCUGGGGAGCGACUAUGAAGACGUUAGCAAUGGAAGUGAUAUGGAGAUGGAAGGUGAGAGGGCUGUCUUGAGGAGAGAUGGGAAUAGACAUGUCCUCAAACAGUUGGCAAAGACACUUAGGCAUGGCAAGGAUCAUCAUCAUCACAUGGAUACUGGCAGUGAGCAGGGAGGAGAUAGCUCUGAUUCCAGCCCAGGUAUGGAGUACAAGAAGGUCCAAGGAGAUUUAGUGCUCUCUCCUAGUGACCUGAACCGCAGCCCUGUCAAGCUUGUCCAUGAUCUACCAGUGAGGGGCAAGUUACCAACCAUCGAUGAGUCGCCCGAGUCAGAGCCCCAUGGGCUUCCCCAUGAUCCUCACCAGACAGUGGAGUACUUUCAUGGUCCAAGCAGCAUGGAUCCAGAGAUCUAUGACUGUCCAAGGUUCCUUCCUAGACCUAGACCAAUCAGGAGACCUAUGAUGAACCUGAUAUACCCUCAGCAUCAUCAUCACGAUGACGAGGAUGAUGAUGAGGAGGGAGGUGGAAGCUGCAGCAGCUCGCAGGCCAGCGCCAAAUCGGACAAGAACAUGGCAGACUUCGACGGGGAAGAUGAGGAGGAGGACGAAUCCAGCUCUGUCUGCGAGGACGCCCUGGCGCAGCUCAGUGCCCAGCUGAGUCAGUUUGACCAGCAUCCUGACCAUCCGCACCACCGCCACCACCACCAUCAUCACCAUCAUCCUCACAGGUUACAGGCCCAUGUCAAGGGAAGGCAGAGACCCAUUGCCAAUGUUUCACCCGUGCAAAGAACCAGACUUUCCAGUUCAUGCUCAACGCUUCGUGAGGAUGAUGACGAGGAUGGUCAAAUCAUUCCGUUUGAAGAUUUCAGAUUUGAGGAUGUCUGCAAGCAAUCUCACACUCUGCUCUGGGAUCUUGUACAGGAUGAUAGUGCUGUUCAUUUAGGUGAUGGUCUGUCCUCCGAAGCUGAAAAGCUACUCUGUUCUCUGGUUUGUGUGUUUCCUGAGAGAGAAAUUAGAAUGAGAUUUGUAGAAGGUUGUCUAGAAAACCUUAAACAGCACAGGUCAGUGGUUGUAUCUCUUCGUCUUAUACCAAAGCUCUUUGCAUCCUUCCAGCAGUACCGUAACAACUACAACACACAUUGGAUUACUAUGUGGGCAGAGAGAGAACUAGGCAUGAUGAAUCUAUUCUUUGCUGAUCUACUUCACUACACAGGCCAAGUCAGGCUUGCAAAGAAACAAGAAAAGCAGCUAUACACUCACAAGACUGAGAUUCAAACCAGACUUCAGUUCUUAACAUGUGUGUUCUCAACAGGAGGCUCUCCAGACCAUUUCAGGUUGACCCUUGAUCAGGUGGAUACAUUAUGGUCAUGUUUAGCCUUGGAUUCUGACUGUUCUGAUGAGGCACUCAACUGGUUCUUACAACAAGCUAACAACAAGGACCAGCAUGCACUAGGGUUAGAGAACUUCAAGCAUAUAUUCUUCCACAAGAUGCCGCAGCUAGAACCAGAUAGCAUUAGUAUGACCGGACUGAACCUUUUCCAGCAGCUGUGUAGUUUAGCUAGAUUAGCUAGCUCUGCUUCCUACAACAGUCCAUCGGUAGAGAUGCCAGGUAUAGAUCACUUGUGGAAGAUCGCACUUCGAGCAAAGAACACAGAUGUUAGUCUUUCAGCAAUCCAGUACAUCAAUUCAUAUUACAUCAAUGCUGGUAACGGUACCCUUGAGAAGGAAGAAGAGUUCAUUGAGAGAUGCAUGGAAAGUUUAUCGCAGGCAUCAGCUGAUCUUGACUCUUCUCUUGAUGCUAGUCUCCUCGUCUUACAGAGAGGGCUCAUUCUACUUAAAACUCACCUUGAAGCUUUCAGAAAAAGGUAUGCUUACCAUCUACGUCAAUGGCAGCUGGAGGGGUGUGGUAUCGUCAGCCAUCAGAAACACCUACUUGACAGUCAGGCAGCUACCAUUAGAAUCCUAUGUCAAAUAGCAUCUGUGCCCGAGAAGUUCACCAUUGAGAUGAAUGUGACUGACCUUGUCGCUGACCUGAGGGCAGAGGUCACCCAUUUCUGCAGUAACGUCCUACAGCAGCAGUCCAGCGACAACAACGGCCAGAUGGCAUCGCUAUAUGCAACCUCGGUACCCGAUGAGAAGGGCGGGGGUUCAGAAUCCCAGCAGCAGCAGUCACAUCCGCAGGGAGAUGACCAGGGACUGUCAUCCAUCAUUCCUGGUCCUGUCAGAAUGUUGUCGGCAGGACACGAGCUGAUACCAGAUCUUGAUGAGAAGACCUUGAAAGAAAUGAGUUUCAGUGAUGCAAGGGUGGUGUUUGUAUCAUUUGGUGCCAUGAGGAGAGAGCGUAAGCGUGAGGGGGCCGAUCAACCGGCGUCCUGUCUGCCUCCACCUCCACGAGAGAAACUACCUAUGAUGCUCUUGCUAGAAGAGCCCCAUUUCAGCUGCCUGUUUCAUCUUCUUCAGCAACUGAAUGAACUCAAAUGUGAUGGCAAACAGGAGGAAGAGUCCGAAAGAGACCUUGAGAGCCGAGCCCAGAUGCUGUCAAGGAACGUUUGGGAUCUUCUAAUGCUCUUACCUACCAGCCCUGAUGUACUCAAUGGCUUCAAGACGUUACCUGCUAUCAAGCUCAACCCCAGCAAAGCAAAAGCAGAGGUCAGCAAGACCAAGGCAUCUCAGUCAUCACAGAAUAAAGAUGACGAGGAGGAUAUGAAUGGUACGCCCUCUGGAGGUGACCUUGCACCAGUAGACUGGGGCAAACUGCUGACCGAGAACAAGCCCCACAAGCUUCUCUAUUCCCUUCAAAUCAUCGAGGCUCUCGGGCAACCUAGCAAGAAACAGCGUAGCAAAUCUGUUGCUUCUUUAGGAUCCAGUGAGCACUCCUCCAGCAUGGCAGAUAUGGCAGCAAUGAAGGUAAAAAAGAGUAAAAGUGACACCCAUGUAUAUGACAUGGAAAGUGAUGUUGAUGCCCUCACACAAAGACCUUGGAGUACGAUGUUUAUCAGUUGUGGAGGUCUGAAGCAUCUAUUUGGUAUCUUUAUGUCAGCCUGUCUGGAGACCCGGGAUGACACCCAGUGGAAUUUUUGGGAACAGGAAUGCCUAGCUUCGGUCCUGAAGCUCAUCAAUGAGUUUGCAUCGGAGGAAGCAUUGAAUGAACCCAGUAGUGACCUGGAUGAAGUCUUUGAUGAACCACCGUCAUCGUCCUCAUCAUCCAGUGAGGAGGUGCCAAGGAAGAGGGCUAGGACAGCGGCUAGACAAAGGAAGGAUAGUACAGACUCUGGUAGACUCACUGUCAGGUUCUCUGCUAAAAUGCAAGAACUACUAGCCCAACCUGGUGUGUUAGAGAGGUUAAUGGGUGUAUUAUACAAGGCUGCUUCUCCUGGGGACUCCACUCUUGUACAGGCAGGCUACUGGGUUGUACAUUAUGCAAUGAAGCUGUUGGUGUCAUGGGCAUCCACAGACCCAGAAGUAAAGAUGGCUAUCGGUCAGUAUGAAAAGCUUGACCAGUGGUUACGAAGGCUAACGCUACAGACCAAUGAGAUCUACAUCAGACGAGAGGUGUGUGAUGGUCUGUUCAGACUGUGUGAAGGUCUCGACCCGUCCAGUCAACAUUUCUUGUGGUCUCUACUCAGAAGUCUCUUCACUUCAUUAGAUACAGCACUCAACCUACAACCAAAGAAGGGAAGCGACAAGAGUUGCGAUGACAGUAUCCCCAGCUGCCGUGACUACUUCUGGCUCUUGUGUCUGUUGAUGGACAACCUCCAUUGGCAGGGAGACAGCCCUCAUGCCAGCGGGGUUGGGGUUGGAGCAGGCAGGAUUGACCCUGAGAAGGUCAAUGCUGAGUUAGACUCCUUCACUACACUCCUCUCCCAGAAGAUUGAAAGCCGUCCCAUCCUGGAAGGUCGUCAUAGCACUGUAGAGGAUUUAGCUCUAGCUGGUUUAAUCAAACUAUGUACAGCAGCUGUUAAACACAAUCCACCAUUCAAGUUCAGUGAAGGUGGACAGAAGUUUGUAGAGACUGUCUUUGACUGCCUGUUCUCACUGCCGACCCCCGGACACCAGAACCUACCCAAGUGCAAGUCAAGAACCAGUCGCCUGGCAGGAUUUGAUCUCCUUCUAGAGCUGGCUAGAGAAUGCCAGGCAAACUACACCCUUCUUCACAAGCUAAUGUUCCAGCAGCAUGCGCCAAACACCCAUCCACCCUAUCCAUGGGAAUACUGGCCCCAGGAUGACAGUCGAUCAUCAUGUGGUUACGUUGGUCUGACAAACCUUGGUGCAACCUGCUACAUGGCUUCAUGUAUGCAACAACUCUUCAUGAUGCCUGAGGCUAGAGCUCCCAUCCUGCAAGCGAAGGUAAGUGAGGCCAACAAGCAUGCGAGCAUCUUGAGCGAGACCCAGCGGAUGUUUGCCUAUCUCCAGGAGAGCGAGAGGAAGGCGUACAAUCCUCGUAGCUUCUGCAGGGUGUACACCAUGGACAAGCAGCCCCUGAACACAGCAGAACAGAAGGAUAUGACAGAGUUCUUUACUGAUCUGAUCAGUAAGAUGGAGGAAAUGACCCCAAGACUGAAAAACACUGUGAGUAGCCUGUUUAAAGGAGAGCUGACAAACAAUGUUGUAUCCUUGGACUGUCCCCAUGUGAGUCAGACGACAGAGGAGUUCUUUACUGUCAGAUGCCAAGUGGCUGAUAUGAAGAAUCUUUAUGAAUCUUUGGAUGAGGUAACAGUGAAGGACACACUAGAAGGAGAUAACAUGUACACCUGCUCACAGUGUGGCAAGAAAGUUAGAGCUGAGAAGAGAGCUUGCUUCAAGACACUGCCCAAGAUCUUAUCUUUCAACACAAUGAGGUAUACAUUCAACAUGGUGACCAUGAUGAAGGAGAAAGUCAACACCCACUUCUCCUUUCCAAGGCAACUAGACAUGUCAGGCUACACAGAGGAGGCGCUCAUUAGCAAAGGCAGGGGAUCGGAUGUAGCAUCAACUAGCAGCAGUCAACCACCCCAGAGCUACCACUACGAACUGAUCGGUGUGACUGUUCACACUGGUACAGCUGACGGGGGCCAUUACUAUAGCUUCAUCCAGGAUCGUGUUCAUCGUGACCAGGAAGAAGAUCGCUGGUUCAUGUUCAAUGAUGCAGAGGUCAAGCCCUUUGACCCCAAGCAGCUGCCAGCUGAGUGCUAUGGAGGCGAGAUGACGACCAAGACAUAUGACUCUGUAACGGACAAGUACAUGGAUUUCUCCUUUGAGAAGACUCACAGUGCGUACAUGCUGUUCUACAAGCAGUGUGACCCGGAAGAAGAAGAGCCCAAAGAGAAGGUCAAACCACCGGAGACCACUGUAGACCUCUCAAAGGAGAUAGCAGAGUGGAUUUGGGAGGAUAAUACCAGGUACCUACAGGAUAGUUACAUCUUUGAUCUCAACUACAUGAAUUUCAUGUGGCAGGUUUGUAACUUCCUACCAGCGACCUUGCCCAACCCACAGGAAGUACAACUCAUUGCUUCAAAGCUGACUACAUCGUUCAUGUUGGAAACAUUGAUUCAUUCCAAGGAGAAACCUAACACCAAACAAUGGAUGGAGUUAAUGACCAAUCAGUUUCAUACCUGCCCCUUAGCUUGUGAGUGGUUCUUAGACUACAUGGCAACUGAUGAUUGGUGGCCUCAGCAAAUCCUCAUCAAGUGUCCUAUACAGACCUGCAGACAGUUGUUCCAGAGGCUAUGUAUUCAUGUGAUCAGACAGCUGAGAGAGAAACAUGCACCACUCUAUCUACAUGCUGUCAUAGAAGGCAAUCAUGAUGAGCAUGAUAUUCAACCCGAUGAGAUUGGCAAUGUAUCGUGUGUGACGAGGUUCAUCAAGAAACUCCUUCUUGUGAUUUCAGUCGGAGUUCGACCACAAUGCAAGCAUCUGACAGAGUACUUCUCUGUUCUCUAUGAUUUUGCCAAGAUUGGUGAAGACGAGGCUCAAUUCCUGACAUCCGUAGAGGCUAUAUCCAUUAUGGCAAACUUCUAUCUGGGAACAAAAGCAGCUGAUUAUGUGGAGGUCAUAUCCGAUGAUGAGAAUGAUGAUGAAGACGACGAUGAUGACGUCAUAUCACUGACAGAAGACAAGUACAAGCCGACAUCGUUGGAAAAGAUGAUCUCUCUGAUAGCAUAUCUUGUAGAGUCCUCCAGGACAGACCGAAGGCUACUUCUCUCUCAUAAUGACUAUGCUGUACUUGUUGGAGGAAAGGGUUUUCCAUUCCUGUUUCAACAAAUCCGAGACAACAUCAAUCUUCAGCAAACAAGGAACCUUAUCUUCAGACUCACUCGCUUCCAACCCAAAUUGGCUGAACAGCUCAUCUCCAUGAUAUUCAAUGCAAUCAGCAAGCUCAGUCCAGAGGCUGGUAUCCCAUUCUUCAAGAUGUUAUCCCUUCUGGUGGAACCUGUACCACCAGGAUGUUCCUCCUUUACACCUAUCAUCCUUCAAAGAAUAUGGGAUAUCUCUGAGUACAACCCGCAGCAGGUCCUGGACUGGUUAGCAGCCCAGGUCCCUAGGAACAAGCUAGCCCAUCACUGGGUUCUACAUCAUAUAGACAGAUGGGUGGAGAUGUUCCUUAUCCAUCAGAACAACAGGGUCCGAAAUGCUGCUGCCUUCCUGCUAAUCUCCCUGGUACCUGAUCCUCACUUCAGACAAUCAUUCAGAUCAGCAAGAUCACUCCAUAGUCCACAAAGAGAGAUCAGACUGGCUCCAGAGUCUCUGAUGGUGUUACAUCAGAUCUACUCAUUGCUCCUAUCACUUCUCCCCAGAGCUAAACACUAUGUUGAUGUAACAGCCCAUGGUACUUCUAAGCUGGUAGCUUACUUUGCUGUACUCAAUCAUUGCCUUAUCUCUAGAGCUGAGAAGAGAAUGUUCUCUGCCCAUUUCAUGGAUCUAUGGAAUCUGUACCAACCCAAGUUAUCAGAGCCACCCAUCUCAUGCAACCACAACAAACAGGCCCUGUUACAGUUUUGGUAUAAUGCCUGUGUAGACUAUCCAGACAAUGUAGAACUCAUCAUAACCAACCACACCGUUAUGAAGCACAUCCCAUACAACUACAUUCUUGCUGAUCAUGAUGAUCAAGAAGUGGUGGUAUUCAAUCGUAUCAUGCUGCCAGCGUACUACGGUCUCCUGAGGUUAUGCUGCCACCAGAGUCCACAGUUCUCAAGAAUGCUUUCAACGCAUCAAAACAUGCAAUGGGCUUUCAAGUAUCUCACUCCACAUGCUAACCAGUAUCCUAUGGUUGUUGAAGAGUUGUUCAGGAUGAUGAAGCUGUUUGUAACAAGACGAGGUGACAUCGAUGAUGAAGAGGAACACAUUACAGAGUUCAAGAAGAUGACACUCCUCUGCUAUCUGGAAUGUCUGGAAAGGAGCUCAUGCUGGACAACACUCAUUAGUGCCUUCAGGUUAUUAAUUGAGAACGAUGAGGAUAGAUCUGUGGUUCUUAGUAAACAAGGUCUUAGCAGACUAGCUGAUGCCUUCUUCACCCUUCAUAUGAUGUACCAUGAAGCUACCGCCUGCCAUGUAGCGUGUGAGCUGGUUGAACUACUCUCAACAACCAAUGCUGUCUUGAGAGUGGCCAUUCAGCAACAAGACUUGAAAGAAGUGAAGCAAUCACUACUUCAGUUUCCCGAGAGGAUGGACUUUGCACACAAGCUUCUCACAUUACUCAACUCAUACACGCCAGAUAAUGUCAGGGCUGAGUGUGUCGGUGUCCUUCAUAGCAUGGUGACCUUGUACCCACAUGACUUUGUUCAGAGGGUAGUACCACUGAUGCACCAUGCUCAUCGACAGUUCCAACAACAGUCUAAUAUUUCAGUUGUAUCAUCUGGGCCCUACUUUCCAAGAAGGAUGCCCAAACCGCUUUUGAACAAGGCGACAUUGAGGGCGCCCCGUCCUGAGCUGCAGAUGUUCCUUCAUCCGAGUCAGCUAGAAACCUCACAUGGAGCUGAUCUGGAGUACGAUAAGACACUACUAGAUUUCUUUGGUCCUUAUCACAACCUUGUUGAGACGCUAUGCUAUGCAGCCAUGCAUAACAAGAUGCUCACGGAGGAGAUCAUAGGACUAAGUGUACUGGUAGCAUAUGAAGGUAUCCCACUGCAGCUGGACUGGUUUGCCAAAUUUUGGAAGACCAUCUAUCAUACACAGGGUAGCGAGAGGGACUCUAUUCAGCUGCUAUGUAGCUUACAGUCCUUCCAUGACUAUGUAGAGAGUGUACUCCUAGAUGAACGAACAUUCCUCAACAAUGUACAUGUCACUUCAUUUUUCUGUAUAUUCUUCCCCAGGGUGUAUCAACAUAUUCUGUGCAAUAACUGGGACACGGUGGUCAAGACUAUAUGCAACAAUGUGUUAGCAGAGCAAGAAGAUAUAGCUGGUUAUGACAGACAUCAGCUAGCCAUCGCAGCUUACAAGCUCAAUGGGGACUUGAGAGCUCUCCUGCAGAUGUUCUCUGUGGUACUUCCUGUGCAGCAUAAUCCAGCCCUAUUACCCUCUGUCAAGCACAUUCUUGAAGUUUGUAAGAGACAUCAACCCACCCCAACUCUUAAGCAGACACGUCCUCUUGUCAAGAAACACAGGACCUCAUCCUCUACGUCGUCAUCCUCGUCGUCUUCGAGCUCGUCAUCGGAUGAGUUUGAAGUGGAGGAGCCAUCGCCAAAGUGUGAGAGCCCUGAGGCGGGGAUGGCCAAGGAGAUGUCUUGUGGAGAAGAUGAGAAAUCGUCCAAGAGGAAGGGAAGUAAUGAUGGAAAGAAGGAGAUUAGAGCGGAAGAAGAGAAAGAGAAGAAAGAUGCCAAACAAACCCAGAGUACUUCAGAUGACAGUAUACCAAGCAAGAGGCGGCGUCUCAGCCAAGACUUGAAACAUCCACCAAAGGACCAAAAAGGAGACUUACAAACCUUGAAACCAGGAGUUCUUAAAGUUCCAAAGAAGGAAAGUGACAUCAAAGACUCUGACAAUACCGAGAGCAGGAAAGCCCCAGUGGUUAAGGACAUUAAAAAUAGCAAAAAGAGAACUGCAAGUGAAUCACUUGACCAGAAAGUUGAGGAAGAUGGGGAGGAUGAUGCUAAAGUACCGCAAUCACCCGAUAUGCCAUCAGCAAGUCCUCAACCUCCAUUGCUGUCACCGCGAUCACCCACAGAGGCUCCAGGACAGUGUUCUUCAGCUGCUUCACCCACGGGUCAAAGUGCUGGCCCAUCGACGCCUCCAGAGGUUGGGGAACCAAGACUAGUAGGACCUAAAUCAAGGAAACAGGAUCCUGUUGGUACUUUCAUCAAGAGUUUGGAAAUGCUUAUUAAUUUUCUCAAAGAACGCAAUCCCAGUUCACCGACUUGAGGUCUGUCAGGUGAUGUCAGGGGUUCAGUUUUACAGUUUGCCUUGACCCGUAGGGCAAUCAGGUGAUGUGUUCUAUGAAAUUGGUAUAUACUAUCAUGAUUGGCCUACCUGGUAAUCCGAUGUAUCUCUUUCUAUGGAAAGAUCAACCUUUUGUUUAACGAUUCCAUGUACUAUGGCAAUGAAGACUUGUGAGCAAUCACUGCCUUCUAGAUGUGAAGUCACUCUGUAUUACAGUCCAGUGGACAAAAAUGAGGGGAUGACUGGUCGUUUUUUAACUAGCCAUUUUAAAAAGAUGCACAUGAUUUGUUAAAGAGUCCUGUGUAUGAUUUUUUUUUUAACUGAUAUAUUUGUUGUGUCAGAAUUUUAAGUUUUUUUUAUUGUUGUGAGAGAAUGGUUUUUGUUCCCCGUGCUGAACAUGCAAGGCUGGCAUCACCAAGAAUAGGUCAGACUGGAUGAUCAUACAUGAAGAUUAAGAAAAUAUCCAAACAUGUUCAAUUGGCCGUAAGUGGUGUGUGAUCACUUGCCCGAGAGUUAUGCAGAAGUUAAUUGCAGACUAUUCUGAGUUCAGAGUACUCUGAUUAUUUAUCAACAUCUCUUUUUUCCAAUCACACAGAUUGCCUUUGUUGCGGAGAAAGAUACAUAAAUCAAGGAAGCCCGAAUAUUUUCUGGAUGGUAAAUAGUUCUUACUUCAUAUGAAAGAAAUUAUUCUCUAAUGGAAGUACAUUUCAUUUUUUUCUCUAAGUUAAGGAUUCCAGGACAUAUCUUGGAAUUCUUUAUAUAUGACAAAAGAUGAAGGCGUAAAUCUCUGAUUUGGGUUGGACGCAGUGGCAAGUUAUUUUAUUCAAUACCUUGGUGUAGUUUAUCUUUAUUUCCUUUUAUAGAUAGAAAAAUGACAAAUCUCAUAUAAGUGUCAUUUAGGGGAGUGCUUCAAGAAAAGAUUUUUAUGAGCUUCUGUAAAUCCUUGUGCAUUGGCCGAAAGCAAAUUAGUCAGCUGGUGAAAAUGUAGUCUUCGUAAUGGUGAAAAUUGAUUAUGUGUCAGAGGAACAGUGUCAAAAGGCUUCAGAUAUCCUUGAAAAUUUAGCAACUUAUUCAUUGGUUUUUGUAUUUAUUUUCAGGUCUGCAGUGUGUUGUUGAUAUGACUUGUAUAAGUGAGUUACAUAUUCAUUGUAGCCUUC